AUGGAGGAUACAGUUACAUGUUCCUCUGAGAUUACACUGGAAACAGACACAUAUUCUAAUUCAUCUCCAAUACCUCCAGAAAAAUUCAGUAUCAUUUCAUUACAUCCAGAGAAACACAGUUCUUGUAAUGUCAUACAUGAAGCAAGGUCUAACACCUCAGAUUCCACAUCUGGAUCAUCAUCCAAUGAAACUGUGCCAUCUCAUAAGGAGCAGACUCUCCCCAGAAAAGAAAGUACCAGUAGACAUAAGCCUAAGAUCAUAUCAGUCAAGUCUGUAGAUCUGAGUGACUCUAGUAGCCAAAAGUCAAAUGAAUCAUCCAAUGGUGAGAUGGAACGAAUGAAGAGACUCAGAAAAAGAGUAGCUGCCAAUAAUAAAAUAGAAGUAUUACCUCAAAAAGUGGAAAAAAGUAAUAGUCCUAAGAAAGGUAAAUUGGAUGCUUCCAGGAAAGAAAAAAGUACUUCUAUCACCAAUGAUGGAAAAACUGUUGCAAAGAAUACUGGGGAAAGGAAGCCGCAAGAUGACAACAAAAAAAUUGGCAAACAAAAUCACAGAUCCAGUACUGAAAAGGAAGAGAAGAGUACUAACAGCAAUGCCUGCAGUGAAGAAAGUGACAACAGCAAUGAAGGAUCAGAUAAGAAAGAAAAACAAGUGAAAUCAGAAGCCAGGAAAAAAGUUGCUUUCAAUGAAGAAAGCAUUGACGCAAGAAGUACAGGGCAGAGAUCAGAACAGUACAAAGAACUGUAUAAAGCAGAAAGAAUUAUUAAUACAGAGAAAAUACACCCAGCAAUAUCAAAGAGAUCUUACAAACUAAAAUGUGAGAAAAAUUUCAAUCUCAGAGCCUCCACACCAAGUGAUGAGUUUGGAAAGGAAAAAGGGGUAAAGAAAAUUAAACCCUUCAAGAAGGAAGUCAUUGACUCAAUGUAUAAACAGGAAGCUAGCAUAAUAAAGCUAAGUGAACAGCAGCUACAACCUGCAUGGGGAACCACUACAACUUUAGCUGACAAGCCUAUUGAGGACAGACCUAUUAUGACUGUUGGGCCAGCACAGACAGCGCAUACAAGGAAAGUGUCAGUACAACCAGGUAGAACCAGUAUUGACAAGCAACCAAAAGUAGCUGAAACUCCAUGGUCAACCGCUGAAAAGUUUGAAGAUUCAAUGAUAAAUGUUAAAGACAAAAAGAAACUCAAGAAAGAAAAGGUUACAAGAUUGAAUGUACUGAAAGGUGAUGGUGAUGAAUCUGAUGGGAAAAGACCCAGUCCAAUUGGAAGAGAAAAUAAAGAACAAAGACAGAGAAAAAAGCAACAUGCUAAAUACACUGUGCCAAAUAAUAGUGACAAUAGUUCAAAUGAUAAUCUAUCUGAAAACCAGAAUGAUGACUUUGAUUUGGAUGAAUUAAGAAGGGCAGCAAAAAGUUUGGUUACUGAAUCAACCAGUAUGGCAUUGGAUUUUGUUGAAGGAGUUGAAUGGGACAAGAAAGGUUCAAAAGAAGGAAAAAAAUACCAGUCAAACCUGUCCAAAAUAACUGAGGAGAAAGAGAAAGAUAAAAAGACAAAGAUUUUGAGGAAGAUAUAUGAUGAAGUUAAUGUGGACCAUAAACCACCACUGCCUGCUGAGAAAGUAAAAGAAAGAUCAUCAUGGUGUGACACAAGGGUAAUUAAACCAGUAUAUGAAUAUGAAACAACAGAUGAUGAGUCUGAUGUAGAAGAAAUGCCUGAAACUACAAAACUCAAUACAGUUAUCAUUCCAAAGCCAAGAGUUAAACCACCUGCUGAGAAAGUAAAAGAAAAAUCAUCAUGGUGUGACACAAGGGUAAUUAAACCAGUAUAUGAAUAUGAAACAACAGAUGAUGAGUCUGAUGUAGAAGAAAUGCCUAAAACUACAAAACUCAAUACAGUUAUCAUUCCAAAGCCAAGAGUUAAACCGCCUGCUGAGAAAGUAAAAGAAAGAUCAUCAUGGUGUGAUACAAGGGUAAUUAAACCAGUAUAUGAAUAUGAAACAACAGAUGAUGAGUCUGAUGUAGAAGAAAUGCCUAAAACUACAAAAACCAAUACAGUUAUCAUUCCAAAGCCAAGAGUUAAACCUGAUACACAGACAAAUGUUAGAGAAUGCAAACUGGAAAAAGACCAGCCAUCAAGUUCAGUGGCAUUAGAUGAUUACAGUAUACAUACUGCAGAAUCUACCAAUCUGGAGAAGUAUUCUACUGCUGAUUUCAUAAAUGAUUUGGAUACCUGUUUGGGUGAUUUCAAACCAUCAAAACAAAGGGAGAUAACCAAAUCAAAGUCUGCUGCACCAAGACCAAAGGAGACAACAUUGGCACCAAAUCCAUUCCCUAUGUCCAAGAAUAAUCUUCCAGUAGUAUGUCCACCAAAAACAGAAAAACCAAAAUAUAGAAGGAGAAUACAACUUCAAAAUCCAUUACUUGCAGGUGUAGAAGAUCAUCCAGCAAUUCAAAGGAUAUCUGCUCCAGAAGAACUGGGAAAAUUAAAAGAAGUUAAAAAUAGAGAAGAGCCUACUCCAGAAAUCUUUCUUAGAACAGGAAAGAAGGAAACAAGAAAAGUAGAUGAUACAAUGCCUCUUACUAAUUACCAAAGGCCAAUUGGAAAGCUACAAGCAAAGGGAAGGGAUUCUUCUAUGGUAGAUGUCAAAUUUUUUACAGAACAACGGGACCCUAGAGCAAAUGAUAGAACAGAUCCAAAGGACAGUAGAGACACAUCUAGCCAGGAUUGCCUUUACCCAAUGCCUGAUAAUAUGCCACACGAUCUAACUCCAUUGCAGAAGCAGAACUUUUCAAAAAUGCAGUGCACAUUUAAAGCUAGGGACAAGAAUUUGCCUGAUGCUAAGUUUUGGACAGAUCUUGCCAAGGGUAAUCUUCCUGAACAAGACAGAGGAAGUUUUGAAUUAGAGCCCCCAAAGGAAAGGAAAUGUGAAUUUUCUCCAUGGCCCAUAGCACCAAUAGGAUUAGGAGGUAAUGAUGGGUAUAGAGUUGGUAUCACUGACAGUGAAGCUGAGCUGAAUAAAAAUUUCUUCUCAAAAGUAGCAACAAAACCACAGUUCUAUCAAAAGUCAAAACAGAAGCACCAGGAAUCAAAUUCUUAUCCACUUGAUGACAUACCUUCCUCAGACACCUACAAGUCUACUCCACAGGAAAAUCUGGAUUUCUUUAGAAAUGUAGCAACUGAUCCUAACUUUCGUAACAAAGGAAAAGAAAAACCAAAGCCUUAUAUUCCAAAAACACCAACCAGGAAUAUAUUACUGGAUGAAGACCAUGUUAUUAAUGCCAAAGAAAAUUUAGAUUUUUUCAGAAGAAUUUCCAAGGAUCCUGAAUUUUUCAAGAAAAAGAAUGAAUCUGAAAAGAUUGACCUUCCAAGAUCAUAUUUCAAUGAACCACCUCUUGGUGUGGAUGAAGAAUUGCCUGGAAGACAUCAUUCAAGAGAAAAGGAAAACCUUGAUUUCUUUUUACAUGUGUCCAGAAAUGCUACAGCUUUUUAUUCUGAACCUGGGAAUCCCUAUGAAGAGGAAACUAAUAAUCCCUCCACCACUUCGAGUUAUCAACCUCAAAGAGGCUUUAUCCCUGAUGAUCCUAAAAAUUAUGUUGAUGAAGAAACUGCAGAAAACAAUUUAAAAUUCUUCAGAAAUCUUGCCAAAGAUAGAGAUUUUUCACAAAUUGAAAAUAAAAAAGCUUCACGGAAGAGUGGUAAGAAGAGAAGGAAGCAAAUUUCAUUUGUAGAAAAUGGCAAUGACAAUGGAAACUGUAACUUUCAAAUAUCAAAAGAAAAAGCAGAAGAAAACCUAAGGUUCUUCAGGGAGAUGUCACAGUCAGCUAAACAAGGAUUUACAAGAUAUGAAUAA